ACUAUCACCGUCGACGUGGCGGUAUCGUCAAUGUAAAAUGCAUCUCAAGGAACGCUUAAAUUUCCGAGUUGGAAUAUUAUAAAGAAUUUAAAAACAAGCAAGAUGGGAUCAAAUCGGUUGAAGUACAUGUCGUUAAGUAUACUGAUAGUUCAGACCACUUCCUUAGUCUUGAUGUUGAGAUACUCCAGAGCCGUAGUCGAACAAGGACCAAAGUAUUUAUCAUCUACAGCUGUUGUUAUGGCCGAAAUAAUUAAAAUAUCAACUUGCUUAAUAUUGGUUUUCUGUCAAGAAAAUGGCAGUAUUAGAAGACUGUUGUCCAUUUUAAAAAAUGAAGUUAUUGAGAAGCCUAUGGAGACAAUAAAGUUAGCAAUUCCAUCAGGACUCUACACGAUUCAAAAUAAUUUAUUAUUUAUUGCUCUUUCUAACUUGGAUGCUGCUACAUACCAGGUCACUUACCAACUCAAAAUCUUAACAACAGCCAUGUUCUCCGUACUGAUGUUGGGAAGAAAAUUAGAUGNNNAACAGACUAUAAAAACAUGCAUUUUAAAUCAGUGUAAUUCUCUACAGAUGCCUUCAGAUACAACAAAUGACAAAUCACUUCCUGUGACAAAUCAAUUCAUUGGUCUCGUUGCCGUGCUCAGUGCAUGCCUUUCAAGUGGCUUUGCUGGAGUUUAUUUUGAAAAGAUUUUAAAAGAAACAAAGCAAUCAUUAUGGUUACGAAAUAUACAACUUGGAUUUUUUGGAACAUUAUUUGGUCUUAUUGGAGUGUUUUGGUACGAUGGACAAGCUGUGUAUAAAGAUGGUUUUUUACAAGGCUAUAAUAAUAUUACAUGGGCUGUUGUUCUCUUACAGGCAAUUGGUGGUCUCAUAAUAGCUGCUGUUAUCAAAUAUGCAGAUAACAUCUUGAAAGGUUUUGCUUCAUCCUUAUCCAUUAUAUUCUCUACUAUAGUCUCUUAUUACUGGUUGAAUGAUUUUAUACCAACAAUAUAUUUUUUUAUUGGAGCAACAUCUGUAAUUAGUGCAACAUAUUUAUACAGUCGAGAACCAAAACCUAAGGUUCUUAAAGGAAACAAAGUUAACAUGUAAAACUUGCAUAUUUAUCACCUUAGUUAGUCUCAAAGACGUCUUUUAUUUAGUGUUUGUUCAUUAUAAGUACCUAUUAUGAGGAUAUUGUGAUUUAUUCAAGAAGACAGUGCAUGAGGAGUUGCAAAGGUUGAUGCAACCAUACUCUUUUUAUUAUACAUGUUCCUGCAUGGAGUACAAAGCCCAGAAUUGAACAACAUUGUGAAGCUUUAUUGAAACCUCACUAUGAACCUUGUUCACACAUUAAUGCCAGAAAAAUUUAAAUAAACAUUCUCACAGUUUU